AUGGCUGCGACCGCUGCUCUCCAUCACGCCCAUGCAGGUGCUCCCGAAGCACGGGCAUGUUCCCCGCAGUCGGCCAAGCCCUUUGCUUCGGGCGACAUGGCCUGCCCGGAUCCGUCCGUCCACGGCCGGGACAAAAGGCUUCAAGAACAAGCUUCGACCGCUGCGCUCUACGUCACCCAGCCCGAGCGCUCAGCAAACGCAGAGCAGCAGGAUCCACUUGGUCCUGAUGGCAAGCUCUCCUCGGCGAGUGCCGCGACCUCCCUCAAAUACGCUAGAGCACAAGACCUGCCCAGCUUUCCGAUUGUAGGCAUUGACACAGCCAACUCUGCAGGAUCCGCAGCGCUCCUGGCUGCAGGAAACAAGACCAGAAUUGAGUGGUGGAAGCCUGAUGGCACGUCUGACAACGCUGCCAAGGCUGCUCUUUUGGCCAAGGACUACAAGAUGGCGCCGCUCUGGAAACCCGAACUGAGCGCGGCGGGCUCCAAGGCUGCACUGCUUGCCCACAAGGACGGCCCGAAACCCAACCUGUGGGUGCCGGAGGCAAGUGCAGACGGCAACUCAGCUGCAGGCAUUGCCAUGCGCAACAAGACGCUGAGCCCACAGACCGACUAUGGUUAUUCCGAUACUGGCAAGAGGAAUGCGCUCACAGCUGCAACGGGGGCAGUAGCUGCCAGGAACAGGAGAAGGGCAGAGUCGUCACCUGCACCGCUUCCCAACUAUCCCGAUGCAGCCAACUCUGCCCACAACUCUCUAAACGCUGCCACUAUCGCCCAUAGACCGUCAGUCAAGAAGCCUCACGACGCCAGCCACCUCAAUUCGGAAGCCAUGCAGUCUGCACGGAUUACCCACCUCGGUGCCAAUGUCCCAAAGGAAAUGUUCGGCUCGACCCCGCCAGUCUCGAUCGAGGUCGAAGAGCAGCGACGGCAAGCUGCCCUUCGGGCCUCCGCAAUCUCCAUGGCCAAGCAAAUGUACAACACACAGCAACACGCUAUCAACGAGGCAGCCGGCCGCUCCAGCUUUGGUGAGACCGCAGCUCGUGGGGCUAGCGCACGACCAGCGUCAACAGCAAGCACCUCACCCGCAGACCUCAAAACGCAGGCACUACAAUACAUGAAGGUGCAAGAUCAGGCCCAGAAGCUUGCCGCUGAACGACUAGCCAAAAUCGACGCGGACGGCGCAGGUGAUUUCCGCGGUUACUACGGUUACAACACAACCAAGCGCUCGCGGCUUUCGAUACGCCGAGGGAGGCGACGCGCCAACAGUGAUGGGGUCAUGGUUGAUUCCGAUGACGAAGAGCAAUCGCGGCGUAUCAGAAACCAGAUGUCCAUCUUCAACACCAAACUUGCCCAAGUCGACUUGAAAAAGAGGCAGCAGGACCGCGAAAGCCUUCUCGCCGCUGCCGAACGCAAGGUACAGGCUCAGAUGCAUACCAUGGAUGAGAAAGUCUUCAUGGAGACUGGGAAAGUGCCACCGGCGAUUAUGGAGGAGUGGGAGGCCAGAGCCCGCGCUAAAGCGGCUGAGCAGAGCGAAAAGCGCAUGGAGAACCACGGUAAGGUACACGUCGGUGGCGGCAAGUUCCUGGACCAGUCCGAGAUCGAUGCUGUUGCCGCUAGCAAAGUCGCGCCAACCUUGAAUGAGAUUGCAGAGGCAGCCGAGGCGAAGAGAGCUCGGGACGAGGAAAGACGACUUGAUGAGGAGGAGCGGAAGCGCCUGGCCGCCGUCGAAAGGGAGCGGGAGGCUGAACGAAAGGCCGAGGAGAAACGGAUCAAAAGUGAGUUCAAGGCCGAAGAGAAGAGCCGAAAAUCCCAUGAAAAGGCCGCUGUGAAGGCUGAGAAGGAGAUUGAAAAGGCACGACGUGAUGAAGAGAAGAGGCUCAAGCACGACCAGAAACACAAGCCAAAGGCGGAAGAAGAAGAACAUGAGGACCACUUCGAUGCGCCUAUGACCGUUCUGGAGCCUCGACCUGCAACUGCAAGCACACACAAAGACGAGCGCCCUGCACCUUUGGCUACCAUGCCAAGCUACCAGGCAGAGGUCGAGGCGAUAGGCGACGUCGCGUCCUCCGAUGAAGAAGAUACAGGUCCCAGGAAUACGAUUGACCCAGAAGAAACAUCACAUCAAACGCGUCGUGUGGCUACCGCACCGACACCUUCUGCUAAAGCAUCUGAUCCGGGCAGUGAAAACGCUCGGUCAGCGAAAGACGUCUCUUUCUCUGCACCCUCGUCCCCGAUCGACCACUCUGCUUCUUCAAGGGAAGGUGGUAGUCGCGGUCUCAAAUCCUUGUUCAGCCGUCUAAAGCGUCGCUCUCAUCUCGGACGUUCCAAAGAGAAGCCCGAAAAGGACGAGUCCGGAUCUCACUCCAUUGGCGGCGGUUUCAUUGGCGGCGCGGCGCUCCGCUCGCAGAGCUCCCUUGCUGCUCCUCGCCCCCAGCUGCAGCAACGUAGUCAUUCGACAAACUCUCCAGUUCCGGACAGAGUGACGCCUAUGGUCAUGAUCCCACCGGCACGCCGCUUCUCGCCCAGCAUCAGCAGCUUGGAGAGUGGUGAAAUUGCUCGCACCAGCAGUGGAGGUGACCUUGGAAGCAGCUGGAGUAGCCGGGGCCGGCAGCGUAGCGCGGCCACCGGCGUGAGCAGCGUGUCCAAUGGCGAUGAUGAAGAUGAGGAUCAAUUCGUCGAUGCCGGUGAGGCCUUAGAACCACCUCCGCGCUUGACCACGAAAAGGAGCACGGAGAGUCCUCAGCGAGACAGCCGGUUCAUGGAGAGGUUCUGA